AUGUUUUUUUCACUCGACAGGUCAAACGCACCGUUGAAUGGAACGUCUUGGCAAACAUGUAGCGAGCACCGCAGGCGUCCCAGCUAUAGCGCACACAAUAGUCCAUGGUGCAUGGAACCCAGCUGGAUCGUCGCUUAUCUUCAUCAGAUUGGGCCAUGUCUGUUCAUUUAUGAUUUCAUUUUUGCAUUGUUGGCUGAAAAACGUUGGGGUCUAGCUCCCAGGCCGGCCCCAGUUGGCCAGACAAUAGACUUUCAGCGGUGCUCAAAACAACUCAGGACCCUAACCCAAAUGACUCUCUCACGUGAUGAUAGUCAUGGAGACUCGGUAGGCUUGAGUCACCUGCAUAAUUGCUCCGACAAAAACACAACCUCCAAGCCGCGCUAUGAAAUGACGGAAAAUCACGAUAAUGAACACGGAGCUGCCACCCGGCUCUCGUCCCCGUUUUCCAAGUCCACCAAGCUGCCGUCCAUGCUCCACGCCAUCUCCAAAACGCCCGCAGACUCGCCACUGAGUGAAGAAACAAACACAAGCAUAACUGCUACGAGCGGGACUGAAGAAAAGACCACUAGCGACGACAAUGCCGCGGAAGGACCGGUCACAGCCACAAACGCGUCUGCCGCCAGCGUGGCCCCGGAUAACCAACCCACAGGCUCGAGUUUUACGCCGCAAAAUGCCAAACCAACCACCCCUCUGGCUUCGAAACAAACACAAGCACAGCCCACCAGCCCGGACAACACGGAGGACAAGAAGAAGGGCGGAGUGACGCAGAGCAUCAGGGAGAAGCUCAACUUCCAGGACGAAAAGCUGUGGAAACGCUUCUCCAGCCGCCGUCUGGAUCUCAUUGAUUCCAUGGCCCUGUCGUCCAAAAAGGCCAGUGAACAGGACGUGGAAAUCUCCAAUGUGGCAAACACGUUGCGCGAGGAGUACGGCUAUCCUCCCGAGACGGCUGCAGAUUUUGAUCGACUAGUUCGAGCAGGAAUCCAGUCUGUGCGACGAAACAGGAAACGAGUGCCACGGUUCAAGCGAAGCUCCCAUGUCGUUUCCCAGGGCCAUCACCCUCAACGAGUCAAUUUCCUGGCCGCAAUGGCCGGACCUAUGCAUCCCCAUCAUGGUUCGCCUGCCCACGCCGCAGAUAACGGUCACAAUGGAGUUGCCACCCCUCCUCCAGCCAUGUCACCCGUGAAACGUCACCGGUCUGAAGAAGACGCAUCGGUGGCCCUGCAGAGCCUGCGCUACCAGCAGCAGGCCCACGGCCCAACGACGCUGCCAUCAGUCACGUCAUUGAGUCUCGGGAUCCCUGCCGAGCACUUAAAAAUCGCUUGCGAUCGGUUUCUGUCAUUCGUCGCUCGCUCGCAUUCUGGAAAGGAGCCUCCUUCGUCCAAUUUGGAAGCUUUAGGACGAGGUGUGCUGGAAUCCGCAGUCGCCUUCAUGCUGGAGCGUCACCAGCCCAAAGACAAGCACGAUAGCUUGCGGGAGAAGCUGCUUUCCGAGCCUACCACCGCACACGUGGUUCAGACCCUGAACCUGCGCCCCCAACCUGCCCCCGGGACAUCCUCUGCGUCUCCCUUCUUCCAUAACCUCAUUGGAGGUUGUGCCAAGGACUUUGGAUUUGAUGCAAUUGUGCAUGCUCUGGGAAACAUUUACCUCGAGCUAGUCCCUCAGUACGUGGGACCCGUGGCUGGACGAGCACCAGUGACAUCUCACACUCCCCACUCUGCACCUCCUCCACGAUAUGGACCCACCCUGCCUGGGUACAAGUCAGUGACGUUUCGGUUCAUGGACAAGAAAAUGGACUUUAGUUUCUCUGUGAACGAGACCCCGCCAACUUUGUACGAGCUGCUCGAGAACGGCAUCAAGACUUUCCAUAUCAUGGUGGAGGACAAGGUGCUGCACAUUCGCAGCCACGAGGAUCGGGAGCUGGUCAAGUCCGACUACGACGUAAAAAUGGUCUUUUCUCGACCUUCCGUGGAUGUGGAGUUCUUCUUUCCUCUUCUGCCUACGCCCAACGCUACGAACAUGCGUUAUAUGGAUUCUCCGUCGUUUCAGAAGUUACUCUAG